GCUGUGUAGCAGGAGGAGAGAGAGAGAGAGGCUGAGCUCAGUAGAGACUGAGUGACAUUUCCAGCUCUCCACACCCAAAUCUCUGGAAAAUUCCUCCAGUUUGCAGGCAGCUGCAGAGCGCGCUCCCCGAGGCCGACCGACAGACGCAGGACUCUGCCUCUUUUUGGCGAGUGUUGCAGCAGAUGACUAGAUAACCUUGGAAUGUGGGUUCGGAGGCUCUGUGUUGAUUGAGGUGUGAAUGCAGCGGAAGUGCGUCUCGCAGCGUUUCCCUUCUGACGACAAAAGAAGACGAAACAUUUGACGGAUACAAAAGAAGAUCCAUGUGCAGGGAGCCAGAGGUGGACAAGAGCUGAGCUGUUUCCUGUUGGGGAGCAUCUGUAACUUCCUGCUUGUCUGUCACCCUGGGGAAGGCAACGCUCCACCGAUUCCCCCCCUCCUCUUCAUCAUCAUCACCCCCAUCUCCCUCGCCGCCGCUGAAGGCCGUCUCGGCGUCCCGUUGCACUCUGACCUCGGGCAUCAGGUGGAAAAGGCUUCGGCUCCUGGGAUCGCCCAUCAUGCACAUCAAGACCACCAAGUGUAACCGCUUCUGCUUGGUCGCCUCCGUGACUAACCAGGAAGUGUUCAGUCGUCCUGAGGCGCAGGCCAGCUUUGAGGCCUUGUUCCGUUCGUUCGACCCAGAGGUGCAGUUCCAGUACUUCAAGUCUUUCCGGCGGGUCAGGAUCAGUUUCAGUGAUGCUCUGGCUGCAGCGGAGGCCCGACUGCGGCUGCAUAAGACCGACUUCAGUGGCAAAGAGAUGAGACUCUACUUUGCCCAGUCUGUCCACAUAGGGAGUCCUCGGCUGGAGCCUCCCAAGCCCGAUAAGCAGUUCCUGAUCUCCCCCCCGGCCUCCCCUCCCGUCGGCUGGGAGCAGUCUAAUGACGCCAUGCCCGUCGUCAACUACGACCUGCUGUGUGCCAUCUCAAAGCUCGGACCAGGGGACAAAUACGAGCUCCAGACCGCCACGCCCACCACCCCCAGCGUGGUCGUCCACGUCUGCGAGGACGAGCGCGGCGACAGCUCGGCGCCCGACGACGACAGCGAACAGGACGACAAGCCCCGCCCCCAACGGCCCAAGAUCAUCCAGACGCGGCGUCCUGACUACAGCCCCGAGGUCAAGCAGUGAGCGACGGCACGGGGGGGCAGCAGUGUGAUGACUGUAACAUUCCAUCCUGAUGAGACUGGUCAAGAGCUGAACUCACUCUCGGAGCUUUGAGGGUUUGGCGCCCGCGGGUGCUGAGACGUCCCGUAGACGAGCAUUUCAUAAGAAGGAGAGAAAACAUAAUGUGGAAUGCUGCAUUCAUGUCCCAUGGGAAAGACAGGAGAUAUGAACUACAUAGUUUGUGUAGCCAUCAGUUGAUAUGUAAUGUGUGAAUUUGCAUUUUUUUUAGAGAUGGAACUGUAGGAAAUGAUGUAUACCACUUUUUUUAUUAUUGUAGUGUGGCCGGAGACUUUGCUGGACGUUUGGUUUGUGGUGAUGUUUUUGUGAUAUGAAGCUGGUCAGGUGCAAAUAAAGUCUGUGCAGGAGCAUCGAAGCAGA